AUGGACGCCAACUUUCCGAGGAGCCAGAAACGGACGACUCAAGACCCCGAAAACGGCGGGGAAGAGCACAGGUGGCAUGUCGAUUGUGCCGAGAGCCGCGUGAGAUGCGACUAUCCCGAUGGUGUCACCCAAGACUUGGAGCCUGAAGCUUCCAACAAUACCGUCCUCGAAAGAGUCAAUUAUGCCAUCACGUUGCUCGAGGAACUGAAAACUAAUAGUCCCAAUACAAAUCGCCAGACAGAAACAAUCGUCUCGGUCUUACCGUUACAAACGCCCUCGCGGACUGCUGAGCCCCUAGGGCAUAUUGUCGAGGGACCCGACAUCUCAAAGACACGAAGCGCGUUCACAGGCGAUGGAUUCGGACAACUUGAUAUUCCCGAGGCUGCGGCGCGGACAAGUGGCUGCGAAUCCUUGUUGCGGUGGCCCGUAUUGAAUGGCAUCUGUCAGGAUCAAUCUGCUAUCUCGUUUGCGCUAGAAGCCACCUUUGGUGCAAAUAGUCACACGCGACAACAGGGAUUGAUCCAGCAGGACUACAUCUGGCCACUCUGUAGGAAGUUUCUGGCGCUCAUUCAUCUUAAAAACCCCAUUCUCGAUGUGUCGGAGUUCUCGAAAUACGCUCGUAACGUGGCCGAGUAUGGGCCUGGUUGGGACGGAGGCGGGUGUUUAGUGCUUAUAGCCUGCGCUCUAGCUAGCGUCGCUGGCCCGUACGACCCAGACGUCGCCAGAUAUCGGCAGGGUAGGCGCAUGUUGCAGGACCAGGUGGGAACGCAAGAAGGGGUUGACGUAGACAUGGGCGAGUCGUUCUUCGGGGCCGCUCAGCGUCGUUUAGGCCUUUUGUCCAAUUCCUUGAUCGCCGUCCAGUGCCAGUACCUCGCUGGGCUUUACGAGAAGUUUCUCGUGCGGCCCUUAGCGGCUUGGUCGCUAUUCCAGAGUGCGAGCUCCCAAUUUCAAGCGUACUUGUAUGCUAAAGGACUUGCUGUCGCCUCUCAGGGGGAGUUUCAAGAGGGAAAGAGGGCAAGGCAUAUUGAGCAACGGUUGUACUGGUCAUGCGUAAAGGCUGAGUGCGAGCUCAGAGUUGAAAUGCAACUUCCGUCAUCUGGACUUUUACGGUUCAAAUAUCCCGAUCCCUUCCGAUCCCUCUCCUUCCCGUCCAGCUCAGCAUUGCAGCAUCUCUCGCCACCGGCUGAGCCACUAACGUCCUCUCCUCAAGGGCAGAUGGCAUGGUCCCCAGCGGCAUGGCAAGGAAGCCCCAGGACUCCGGCUGCGGGCGCACAGGUUAGCAGCCAGGAUGGAGCACUCCAGCCCGAUGAAGAACGGAGCUGGCUUCACUAUCUUGCUGAGAUCUCCCUACGGAGCAUCAUGGAUCGUGUCCUUGCGGACUUGUAUGCCGGCGGCGAAAGUCAGUGGGUAUCCGGAGGAGGAGAAGCCCUACUGCGCUGUCAGGCAGCCUACUUUGAGGAGCUUGAGUCAUGGCAUUCUCAUCUCCCACCACAGCUCGUGUUUCCUAACCCGCUCGCGACGCCCACUGGCCAACCAGUUGACAUCCCGUCAAACGAACUCUCCUUCUUCCUGAUGACCCGUUACGUAGGAGUGAUGGAGUGGAUUCACCGGCCGUUUUUGUAUUUGGUCCUCCAUACGACCGACGAAAAUUCUCUGCCGGCCCAAUCGAGGGUUCUAGCCCAGAAAACGCUUGAAUUAUCAGCUACUUUGAUUCGCCUGGUGGCAGCACAGCAUCGGCACGGCGGAAUUUGGGGACUGAUCAGGAGAUCUUUCGGCGCCGCGACACUUCUCAUUUCAGCCGCCCGGUCGAUUGGCAUACUAAGAAAUGCAGCGCUCUAUCCAACGCUAAGCUUACCGCGUGACUGGGUCGAGCUAGUGGAGUUAUCUUCAGAGACAAUCAGAUCGUGGGAAGGAGGGGGCGGAGGCGCCAAUGACUUGAAGCGUAUGGUUGGAAUUCUUGAAGCCAUGUUAUGCGAGGUUAAGAUCUUGGAAAAUAAUUACUAA